CUACAGGAGGUACCUCCUAACCUAAGGCAAGGUACAUCCGGUAUAUACCACUAGGACGUACCCUUGAAUUGUGCUGGAUCUCGAGUCUCGCUUCAUCAUCAUCCUCUUCCUCUUCCCGUUCCUCUGCUAGCGACCGCCACGACCUCUACGUAUUAAACCGCCAGCUGAUGCGCCCAUGAGUCCCGUCUAUCCUCGCUUGUGAAUUUAACCCGCCCAGCUGGUCUCUUUUACUAUUCUCGCCGCUGUGUACGGCCCGUCCUCGUGGUCCGCUCAGUCCCAGUCCUCGUCUCCCCCCGUCUUCGCCAGGUUCCCCAGCAGUUUCGCAUUUCGGCAUCACUUCACGAUGCUCCACCCCAUUUCCUGCUGACAGGCGCCUUGUUCUGCCCUGUCCUCCUUCUACCGCAUUCUUUCCUCUCCUCCGUCCCAUUUCCAUUCCUCUUCUCUUCCUUCUUCGCGCGACGACUCGGCCAUGGUCGAGAUCGGAGCAGCUCUCUCUGGCGGCCAAUUCAACAGUAAAGAGAGAAGGCGGCGAAGAGGAACGAAGCGGUAAAACAGCGAAGAGGGCGAAGAAAAAAAGAGGACCCCGAGCAAGCCAUCGUGCCCAAGAUAGUAAAAAUAAGACUCCGCGAUUCUUGCAUCUGGUAUUAUUCAGAAAAGUCAACAUGGGUGCCUUAACGAAGGCGGUCUUAAUCGUCCUCGCCAUCUCAUUCAUGACCCUCGUCGCGUUCUUUGGCAGACUUCCGGCUCUAAGGCACACCCCGAUAGCCUGGCUGCACCGUGCGAUCUGGGUAUCCAUCCCGGGUGCCGUCUUCGCCCUAGACCAGCGCCUCACCUCUGGCCGCCUCACCACGGGACUAGGGAGCUUCUGCCACUACAUCAUGUACGGCCGACACCCUACCGUGCUGAUCUUCUUUGUGCUGCUGCUCUCCGUCAGCGAGUACAUGUACCUACCAGGCGUCUGGCCGCGCCUGGGUGCGCUGAACCAAGUCGCGGGAAGCAUCGCCAUCUCCCUGCCGUACCUAUUCCUGUACCUCGCCGCCCACGGCGACCCGGGCGUCAUCACGCCAGCUACUCACGCCCGAUACAUGUCACACUAUCCGUAUGACUUCGCCCUCUUCCACCCCGGCCACACCUGCCGCACCUGCAGCCUCCUGAAGCCCCCGCGCUCGAAGCACUGCUCUGUCUGCCAGCGCUGCGUUCACAGGAUGGACCACCACUGCGUCUUCAUCAACAACUGUGUCGGCUACGGCAACCAGCACUGGUUCCUCCUGCUGCUGCUCUCGACCGCCACCUUGACAGCGUACGGCGCCGCCCUCGGCCUGCGCACCGUCGCCGACUACGCGCGGACCCGCAACCCCAAGUUCGUGCUGUUCCCGAAGCCGCCCGGCUGGUCCUGGCGGGAGUACAUCAUGCUCGCUACCUUCGGCAUCCAGGUUGACGUCGGCGUCGGCUCCGUCACGCUGCUCGCGCUCAUGACCUCCCCCCUCAUCUGGGGUCUGCUCGGCUACCACCUCUACCUCAUCUACUGCGGCACCACCACCAACGAGAGCAUGAAAUGGCAGGACUGGCAGCUCGAGAUGGACGACGGCUGCGCCUUCCGGCGCGCGCUCCCCGCUAACCGCGUCAAGAACCCGCGCCUCGAGGCGCCCCUCGCGCGCUGGCCCGUCGAGGCUAUCCAGGUCCUCGUCCGCACCGAGGACGGCACACCGCCCACCGCCGCCGCCGACGGUUCCGUCCCCCCCGGUGCGGGCGAGUGGGAGCGCGUCUGGCGCCUGCGCGACGUCGAGAACCUGUACGACCUCGGCUUCUGGGACAACCUGGCGGACAUCUUCCUGCCGGACCCCUUCGGCUCGCGCAGCGCCUUGGACGCCGCGAUGGCGGCGGCGCCGGCAGACCUGGAGAGGGGCAAGCGGAGGACCAACAAGAGGCGCCCGAAGGUGUCGAGGGUCGCGAAGUCGGCGGUCCCUGCUGCUGCGUCGUAGGGGAGGGCUGGCGAGUUAUCCCUGUACAUAUAUACCCCGCUGUAGAAAUAUAGUGAAACGGAGCAACUCGACUUUGACGAAGAUAACGAGAAUACGAUGAUUAGAAUUCAAAUUGCU